AUGGAAAAUCAACAACACGACUUAAUCAUUAUCGGGGCUGGACCAGCGGGCUUGACCGCCGCGAUUUAUGCCAAGCGAGCUUUAUUAAAAACUUUGAUUUUCGAAAAAGAUUUGGCCGGUGGAAAAUUAAACAAAACGGCUGAGGUGGAAAACUACCCCGGCUUUUCUAAAAUAGGUGGUUCAGAAUUAGCCAUCAAAAUGACUGAGCACGCUCACGAAGAAGUAGUUGAAUUAACCAAGGACGAACAAGAAAUGUUUGCCGUAAAAACUAAAAAUGGAACUUAUUUCAGCAAAGCAGUAGUUAUUGCUUCGGGAACUGUCGAAAAUAAAUUGAAAGUCCCUGGGGAGGAAGAGUUUACUAAUUUUGGAGUUUCUUAUUGCGCUAUCUGUGAUGGUUUUCUUUUUCGAGGUGAAACUGUGGCCGUAGUUGGUGGCGGCUACUCGGCUUGCGAAGCUGCUCUUUAUCUCAGCAAUAUUGCGAAAAAAGUAUAUUUAAUUCACCGGCGGGAACAAUUUCGAGUAGACCCAGAAAUUGAACAACAAAUUAAGCAAAAUCCCCGAAUUAAGUUGAUUUUCAACACAAUAGUCAGCGAAAUUGGUGGUGAAAUAGAAAAAAAAAAGAAGAAAAUUACCCACCUAAUUUUAAAAAGUUCGCAAACAGGCAAAGAAAAUUUUGUUCAAGAAAAGUUGGCAGUUAAUGCUUUAUUUCCGUGUAUUGGUUUGUUGCCUUAUACUGAUUUUUUGCAUAACUUGGACGUUUGUGAUGGCAAGAAUUAUAUUGUCGUCAACGAAAAAUGUGCGACUAAAAUUCCCGGAUUAUUGGCCGUUGGUGAUGUUAUUCAUCCCGAAAGAAUUAAGCAAAUAGCCACUGCCGCGGGAGACGGAGCAAUUGCCGCCCAAGCCGUAACUGAGUAUUUAAGAAAAACAAGCAAAAAUUAA